CCGGUGCAGUGUGCUUCGAGAAUUACAAGACGACCAUUUACGGGUAAACCGUACGGGUGUUCUGUUCUGCAACUGAUACGGGGUGCCAUCUAGAGAAGCUACGAAUCGGCAACAACAAUUUCAAAGUGAUAAGCCGCGCAGUGGCAAGCAAAUACGCAGUUCAAGUUCAGUUGAUAAUACUUAGUUGACUACGGGCGGUGCGAUAGUCUGUGAUAAGAACGAUUUUAGAGGAGAAUUCUUGAAUCGUCUGUAAGCCAUGAGGAACCAAUUGAUCAGUCAGAUAUUGGAAAACGGUUACACCGUAAUUGACGACUUCCUGACUCCUGACGAGGUUAGUGAGGUACUGGAAGCAGGAAAAAAUCUUCACAAGGAUGCCCCGAAAGAGGAACGAAAAGUUUUUAGCACCAUCAAUUCCAGCAAAACUCAGAGCCGGGAUCAGUAUUUCAUAGAAAGUGGUGAUAAGGUUCGAUAUUUUUUCGAGGAAGGUGCUGUAGCAGAAAAUGGCGAACUAUUGGUUGAUCCUUCGGUGGCUCUGAAUAAAGUUGGACAUGCUCUGCACACGGAUCAUGCCGUUUUCAACAAAAUCACAUUCUCCAACCGCGUGAAGGAAGUCUGCUGGCAGCUCGGGUUCCAAAAGCCAGCCGUUGCCCAAAGUAUGUACAUUUUCAAAAAUCCAGGAGUCGGAGGAGAAGUCAAACCGCAUCAAGAUGCCACCUACCUCUACACGGAGCCCAGCUCAACGAUCGGUUUUUGGAUUCCACUGGAAGAUGCCACGCUACAGAACGGUUGCCUGCAUUUCAUCAAGGGAUCGCACAAAAGUGGAGUGCAUCGAAGAUACCUCCGCAACCCGGACAAGUCAUCUCCAGAGCUUCUCAUUUAUGACCGCCCUGACCCCCUCUAUCCGCGGUCCAACUUCUGCGCAACCCCGGUAAGAGCAGGCUCGCUGGUCCUCAUCCACAGUCAGGUGGUGCAUCGAAGCGACGCGAACCGAUCGGACCGUAGCCGGCAUGCGUACACCUUCCACGUGAUCGAAACGGAAAACUCGACCUACUCCAGCGAGAAUUGGCUUCAACCGCCGACCGAUCAGCCCUUUCCGGUGCUGUACGAGAGAGAUUGAGCGUCAAUCUUCCACCAGGAGGGAAGGAAGAAGUACCAUGUGCCAUAGAUGAUGAUGUUUAUUUUUGUUAAUUCUCUUUAUUUCUGUGUAAAAAUAUACUUUCUAUUAUGAGUCAGCUUGAA